AUGGACUGUUGGAAGGGCUCCGAAAGGUAGAGAGAGGUGCGUCGAUUCGAUUGGCGCACUGUUGACUUUGUUUGCGUGUGCUCUCGGCAGCCAGUCAACACGUUCAUACUAUCAAACGGAGUUAUUUCGUCUUCUGUCAUUCAAUCUCCCACUUUUUCUGUCCUUUCAAAAAAUGCGUAUCCCAUCUGCUUCUUUUGAUGUGCUAAACGGUUCGCUUUAUUGAAAAUUUCAAGUAUAGGAAACUGAUAAAAGGCUUUACACCAUGAUAAUCAAGAACUUGCACUUUUAUCAAAGACUGAAAUCUUAUAAUUUCAACUGCUCAAUUUGAAAAUUGCAUUCGAAUAUCUUGAAUGAACUAUAAAAAUCGAGUUUUAAAAAAAAUUGACGCCAAAGUUGACUUUUUGAGAGUGAAAGGAAUUAUCCUGAUAAGGUGCAAACUGGUGAAAGAACUUUGGCCUUUUAUAAAAGUAUUUUCGCAUGAAUAUUCUUUUCGAAUAGACUCUAAAAUUUGAAACUAAGCUUCGAUUUUCUCAAAAAGCAUGACUUAAAGUUUUAUGGGUAAUUGAGAAGAUAAGACUGCAAAAAAAUAGAAAAAGAUAAAAAAAUAACCGAAUUGCGUAUUUUUUUGCUCGAUUGAGUAGUAUUAAUCUCGAAAUCAAUUUUUUUCGAACAAGAAGUUCAUUUUUUUAAAUUUUUAUUUUUAGGUUCUUAUGCCGUGUCAAAAGUAUUUUUCGCGAAAUGCAAAAUUAUCUCCAAAAUUUACUCAUCUUUUUCGAUCUCUGACGGCUUUUUUGAUUUUACCGAACUCUUUUGAAACGCCUUUACAUACUUUUUGCGUAAGUGUGUUAUUAUAUAUCUCACGGCGCAUAGGAUCGCAUCACUAAAAUUCAAAAACUGAAAACGGCUUUUCGCCUAUUUUUUUUCGUCCAUACUCCUUCAAACACUCAAACAAGGAUUGAGGAACAGACUAAAAACCGAAGCCCGAUUCCUUCCUGGUUACUUAUGUAGGUCAUCUUGAGAGGAGCUUUUUUCCUUCUGAUCGGUUGAGGACGAUUUCCAAUCUCACGCUCCUCUUUUUGUCGAUAACGUCCGUUGUGAUAACGACAGCCGGGACGGUCUCCGUGGAGGUUUGGCAACUUUUGGCGACGGUCGCGGCGAUAGUAGCCCCUUCUCGUGUUGUCUUUCCUCCACUCGUUUCACUUUGCACUUGUCUUAUCUCACAUUUCUGGUCCUUGAUAUUUAUGCAGGACUUGAAAUUUCCCAGAUGACGAGUGUUGUGAUUCGCCAAACAUGAGCUCAGCACAGCGGGAAUAAAAAAAUUUUUAUAUAAUAAAUUUUUGAAUGCGGUCUAUGACGUUUCCUCAAAAUCUGUUCAAUUCUCUUUUCCUAAAAAAAUGGAAGAACUCGGAGAAAUUUCAGUCAAAACGUAUUGUUCUUUUUCCUCUAAAUCCCAGUGACCUGUUUUUUUAAAAAUAUGUUUACACUUUUCAUCUUUAGUAUAAGGAAGGAGAAAAAAACUCUGUAACUGGUUUCUAAUCAAAAAGACGGUUUGAAAGUUUCGCCUCUUCCGGUUCUCCGCCUAUCAGAGCGAUAAAAAAAAGCCCAAUUCUACUUUUUUUUUCCGUGAUUUACUAUCCUAUUAUAAUUUCUCCUCUCACGCUGUUCGAUCGAAAAUCUUUUUUUUUUCCCAGUUGUUUAUUUUUGUCUCCUUUUUUUUUGAUCUUUCUCUCGCGAGAAUUUCCUUUUCUCGUUGUUUUUGUUUAGUUAAGAGUACACGUUUUGCAGAUUUAUUGCACACAGAAAGCAAAUUCUAUCGCCUCUGCCAGGCUAGCAAUCCAACGUCUACAAACCAUCAAGUUUGUUUAUUACUUUGUUUUGAAUAGUUUUCAAAGAAAUUGAAUGUUUCGCUGCAACGUAAGAAUUUUUCAUUGGAGUGAAGUUCUGAAUUUAAGUUGAUUAAAGAUUUAUUGUUAAAUUGUUAAACUUCGUAUUAAAGCCUUUUCUCUUCAAAUUGAAAAAUAAUUUUUUUUGUCAUUUUUGACUAUGGAUUUCGUUUUUUAAUUUUUUCCUUUUCAAAGUUUGAAUUUCAAGGAAACUGUGUAAUGGAUGCAGAUGUUCUUAGUCUAUGAAAAGUUCAAACUUAUCCCGAUUUUUUUCUAAAUCGCAGAACUGGCUUUCUGUAUACUAAAUGGAAACUGUAGAAUUUCGAAAGUGCUCUAAAAAUAAGGAAUUUUUCAUUUUUUAUUCUUCUUUGAAAUUUCCAUUAUUUCAGAAGUUGACGCGGAGUAGACCCUGUCUCGCUCAACGACUACUAUUUUUGAUUCUAUUCGAAAUUAUCGCAACAUUUGAGGAGCAAGGUUUGCAUUUUUUUGUUGUUUUCAAGUUAUAAUUGAUAAAAAUUGAUAAAUUUAAUUACGAGUUGAGAAGUUUAGGUAGGCAUUUUUGGUAAACUGAUUUUACUACUUUCUCAACCAGCUGAGUUUUUGAUGAUGAAUUGAUGAUGAACCGUAAAUCCGCUCCUCUUCACGAAAAAAAAAUUGAAACCAUAACAUUUAUAUUGGUUAGGAAGUUUCAUGCCAAUUGAAAUAAUUUUAUUAAUUCGUUUUUAACUUGGGUCAAAAGUUAGUUACCACAAUAAAUUUAAAGAAAUUUUUUUGAAAUGGAAUACAGAGAACUAUUUGACUUUCUUCUAUAAGGGCUUGAAGUUUCAUAAAUAUUUUCGAUUUUUGUAAUGUGGAAAUUUUUGUAGCCUUGUUAAUAAGUGUGAGAAAUCCACUUUUUCUUUGCAAAAUAUAAAAUCGCGUUUCAAAGUCUAUCGGGAGAUAUUUUUUUAUAGAAUCCACAAAAAAAUUUUUACGAAGCUUCUAUUUUUUUCAAUUUAAAAAAAUUGAAUCUUUCAAGUGUUUUGAGGUUCUUUUUUUUCGCGAAUCCCAUAAAAUCACGAGUUUGCGUGUUUAGUUCUGGGGAACACUGUUUAUGGUGAGAAAAUUGAAAAAGGAAAGAAAAAAACUUCACCUGCUCCUCGGCCGUUUCGAGGCAUUUUGUCCUUUUUCUCGUUUUCUUUCACCUUUUGUUGAAAAAAGACGAGAAAUUUCAAUUUUUUGUCCCCAUCGAUUGAGCUUUUUUUUUUGAACGAGAGAGAAUCGCUGAACUAGGAAAAUGGAGAAAAAAAAACUUGAAAAGUGAUUAUUUUCAAGAAAAUUAGCUCAAAUCCUUUUUUUUCAUUUGAAAGAAUUUCAAUUCUUCAGCUUCCAAAAGCUCAUAGAUCUUUGAAAGAAAUAUAUGAUUUUUUUAUGUUGCAGAAACUGAAAUUACAAUAAAAACUGCGUUCAAUUGUUCAUUUUUUUUCUUCCCUUCGAACUCAUUUUUUCUGCCCCUUUUCUAAACGUCAAUAAUUUUUUUUGUGAAUCAAUUCUAGCGUUUUUAUGAGACGAAGCCGUCGUUUUCUUGAAUUUUUUUUAAUCGUUUUUGUUUUUAUUCAUGCCGAAGACGAUAAAAAAGGCCAAAUGUUUUAGCGACACGGAUUUUGUCAAAAGAAAGGCUGCAUUUUUUCUGUUUUGUAACUUUUAUGGGAAAUUGAACGACCUUAAUCCGCCCAGCUUUGCGGUCAUUAUGGCCAUGUGGUAUCGGAGUUAUUUACACGGUUAUUUCCCAUUUAUCUUUUGUUCAAACAAUGGAACUAAUCAUUUCGUUGGGCUGACCUAAUGAAAUGUGAACUUGUACUUUUUUUUUUCAAACGUUUUUGAACAUCUUCUCAGGUUCCAAAAAAAAGUUUUCAACAAAAGACCUUGAAAAAGGCGGAAGUAAGGUCUUUUAAACGCUUCUUUUCGAAAAAUUAUGAAUAAUUUCAUGUCAAUGGGAAUCCCAACCUGAAAAAAAUGCUUCUUUUCCAGCUUCGAAACCUUUUUUGUUCCAAAAUGUUUUCAAUUUUCUUCUGUCGUUCAUACGUUUGAACGGUGACUGACGCACAAACAUAUGUGUCACAAAAAAUGUUGUAUGGCUUUUGAUCGAAUUUUUUUUUGGUUAUAUUAUCUAUGAUGUGGAAUUCAGGUCAAUUUUUUCCGAAAAAAUGAGAAUUUUCUCAAUCUGAACUUUUAAAAUGAAGAAGCGAUGCCAAUGCGCUUUUUUCCUUCCUCUCUCGUGAACCAAAAUUACACGCCUGAGGGCUUGAAAUGGGCUCAGCCGGACAAAUAUCCGGCACGAUUCUUCACAAAUAUAUCCUCGUACAUCAAUCCCUCGCCCAAGCUUUUUUUUUUAUUUGUGAAACUUUGUUUUCAUAAAUUUCUCAAAUUUCAGCUGCCUUUAGCUUAUUCACAUUCAAAAAUACCCUUUUUCGAUGUUUUUCUCGCUGAAUUCAUCACCAAAAUCACUAUCAAAACAAAGGUUGUGAGAUUUGAGAUCUAAAUUUUUUAAAGUGAACAUGUAAGGUUAGAAAUUUUAUAAUUUUUGAGAACGUUGCGUAACGGUUCUGAAGCUUGAAAUUUUUGAAGCCAAAUCAAGUUUCGAAUUUUUCGCGGUUUUUCUGAAGUUUUUCUGAGGAGGUACUUUUGAUGAAGAAAUUGACGUAGGAUCAUCUUUUUUUAACUAUGGAGCACACUUAUGCUGCGUGAGUCGGCGUAUCUUUCCAAGCUUUUCCUUCUUAUUAUUCUUUACUGUACUGUUGAAAAGAUCAAGUUGAUUGUAUUUGUAUUAUUGCGUGUGUGGAAGAGACGGACGUAGGAGAGCAUCGACUCCGCCUCAAUGGAGUGACUUAAUGAAGCAAACGGAGAAGGAGGCUCUCGCGUGCCUUCGGGCAUCCAGUCAGUCCCACUCCUAUCCAACAUUUUUUUUCUGCAGUUGUGCUUGUUCGUCGUGUUUUUUAUACUCUGUAACAAAUGGAAUUUCCUUCGAUUCAGACGCUUCUUCAGGUGCAAGCUGAUAUUUUUGCCUCCUUUUAUGGGCUGUCUAGCCACCAAUUUUCCCCUUUCUUCUCCUUUUUCCUUUUCCUUGUUAUUUCCUUUGCUAGGCGAAUAUCCAACAGAAAAGUGCAUAGAUUCGUCAAGAAAUUUUGGAAAAGGUAUAAUUUUUCUUAUUUAUUGGGCUUUGUUUCGUUUUUUCUUGAUUUCAGGAACCCUAUGAUUGUCCCGAACUUUCAUAUUUUCCACCAAGGCUGUAAUUUUCUAUUCUGUUGAGCUUUUUUUUUACAAUUUAAUUUGAUUGAAUCCCAAGAAAUGAUAUAAUUUUCUCAUCUGUUGAGCUCUGUUUUUGUUUUGGCCAUGAUUUUCUUUCAUGAGAAAUAUAAUUAUGACCUAGCAAGCUUUGUCUUGAGCUAGGCGAACGCUGCGAAAAUGUAGUUUCGUUUUUUGGUUUGAUUCUUUGGAUUUUCUUAGAAGUUACUAGAAUUUUUAUGUGUUACAGUAAUACGCCUGGAAGAAAAAUCCUUUCUACAGGAACCCAAUUUUACAUUGCUUUUCGAGUAUUUUCCAGGAAAACUUGUUUUUGGGGCAAAAAGAGAGGUUCAUCAAUUCAUUCAUUUCGCAUCAAAUUUGGCCGCUGCUCCGGAAAAAAGCACGUCGCUUCUCUUAUUUUUCCAAAUUUAGACCUAAAUUGCGCUCUUCCGACGAUUCGUCCCUGGUUUCGAUUGCUUUUUUGCUUCUCCUCUUUGCCGCAUCAGCCUUUUUUCUUUCAAAAUUAAAAAAACUUGAGAUUUUUUGGGAUCUGUAAGACAGUUAGAAAAAAAGUUUUCGCAAAGCUGCAAAAAAGGCGAUUAUUAACAAGAAAAUUAACACAGGCAGGUGUAUUUUCUCACAUUCGGCCUUUCAUAGAAAAGGUUCGGUUAGUUUUUCGAAUAGGCCCUUUUGUUUAUUUUGAAAAGGUUUCGAAUGUCAAACCCAAAAUACGUUCGGCAUUUCGAGUCGGGCCAUAUUUUAUCUUGCACAUAAUAAAAUGAGUAGGUUCUCAGUUGGAAAAAUGACAAAAAAAAUGGUUUUUUGAUAACUUAUCACGAUAUUCUUGUGGCUGACUGCAUUUUCUCCAAUUUUAUCCUUAUUUUACAGUCUGAAGUCUAUCUACUGGAAUGUUAUGCUGAUUGUAUCUGUUAAACUGAUGAAGCGAAAAAAAAAAGAACUGAGUAAACCAUGAAAUAUACUUAAAAGUCAUUUUUCGCAAAAUUUACAAACAACGUAAAGGCUAACUACUGCGCCUAACUCAAUAUAGUCUUUUUAGGGCAGUUUAUCGAUCACCAAAAUGUCUUUUUUGGGAAAUUCAAGUUUUUUUUAAAAUCAUUAUUUGGUAAUUUAUCGAUUAGCCAAUAGGCCGGGCCGUUUUUGGCUUUUUUGCCCUUAUUAAAUUUUAAUGAAGGCAUGUGAGUCUCGAGCGCCCCCGGCCUUGCUUCUAAAUUCCGCAUAAUUGUGCGUCGGCCUCAGUCAGUUAUUUUUUUUAGCUUUUUUUUGCGUAUUUUUCAGCUUGAUUCUGUGUUCUCUCUCUCUGGUUAUUCCGAGAAAUAUCUCACGUUCUCCAGCCAGAGUCCCGCCUCCUUUUUCCUUCUUCUUCUCUUCACGGCUUCCGGAUGACUCCGCCCUCUCUGAUUCGCACGAUGGCAAAUGAGCAAUUCUGCUCCAAUUUUUUGUGUCCUUUCGAAGUCAAGAAGAGUGUUUCUAGCUUGUUUCCAAGUUUAGAAAGAAAAUUAACAGGGAAAUAGGCGUUUCCGUUGUAAUUUCUACAAUUUUAAAUUUUGCCGACAUAAUGAAUAUAAAUGAGAAUUUACAAAGUUUUUCUCGGUGAUAAAAAAAAGUCAUACAAAUAACACUCUUUCUCUCAAUGCUUCUCAUGAAGGGAAAGGACUUUCUUAUUUUCUGGAAAGUUCAUUUUUCUGGUUUUCAGACUUCGAUUAAAAAUUUAGAAAAAUCAAAACAAAAAAAUCGAUUUUUAACAUUUCGUUGAAAAAGGUCAUUUCGGAUAUAAAUUCCUUCCAAUAUGAUGGAUCCUUGCCAUAGGAUGGGAUCCUCAUCAAUUUUUCACGUGGAUCUCCAUUUUUGGCCGUAUGAAUUCUUUCUUUUUUUCGCCAGUCUCGCGGCCUUCGCAGAUGCAUAUGGCCUGCAGAAUUUCGCCUUUUAAGCUUCCGCUCCAGUCUUUUUUGUUGCCUUUGAAAAUGUCGAUAUUUCAAGUUGCAUGUCAUUCCAAACAUUGGUGAAGCUUCGAUUAAAUCGAUAAUUUUUGCGAUCUUUGAUCGAAUCUUUUUUUGGGUUUCCUCUACACUUCCGUCAGACAUCAUGGUUGUUCCAAAGGGAUUAGAGAAUAGGGGGAUAAUCGUAAUCUCAGAGCUGAAUAAGGGAUUUUUCGGAUUUGCUGUUUUUUUCGCAAUUUUUUCCAGGAUUUUAUAUGUGGAAAUGGUUUCUGGUUUCUUUUUCUCUUGAAAAAUGUUAAUAGUCUCUUGGGAGAAUGAAUCUUUUCUCAUAUUCUUUUUGGGACGACUUGUUUCCAUUUGAACUUUUACUUGAGUGCAUUGAAUUUUGGUUUUUUUUUUCUUUUGAAUUUUUGAGAGUUGUUCUUAUAAAGUUAAAUUUAAGGUUUCUCUUAAGGAUCCUCAAAAUUCCUGAUAUUCUUUAGAUUUUUGAGAGUUUCGGAGAAAAUGUGGGGCUUUUGUGGGGACAAGCGUUCUCAUUUUUAUCUUUCAUCUCAAACAUUUUAAAAAUAUUCCUUUUAUAGAAAUUAAUUUUACCUACUAUUUCUGAAAAAAAUACUUGACGGGGAAAAGACCUCCUCGAAAGUUAUUCUGAUGAAAAUUUGAAAAAUUCCCAGGAUAUAUGGAAAAACGGAAAAAGGACUUGAAACGCCAUUUCUGUGUUUUUUCAAGUAUUUUAGGCCUUUAAACCAAUAUUAUUGUUACUCGCUUCAUUCUUUUAAACCCCCUUUUGCUUUCAAACUGGGCUUUUUUUUUUUUUGAAAUAUCACCAACUCGGUACUGUAGCCACUUUCUGCACAGCUUGCAACGCCUUAUUGGCCUUCUGAAUCACUUUUCUACCGUUAUUCGUUCGGUUAAUUUGGUCGCGACGAACGCAAAUUUGACUAAUUUGUGUGGCAGAUUGGAGCCCUCAACCGGCCGCAAAAUAGCGUCCUUAUACGAGUACGGGCAAGCGGCGUCGUCGCUUCUGGAGGCGACGACGCGCCAAAUUUCUGAAGGCAUCUGGGCGGUGUGGGCGGCUUCGCUGCACGUCAUCGUGCACCUCGUCGACCAUGUCGUCGAGUUCUCCCAAAGAUCUUUCGACGCGAUUCUCGCGUCCGAGUGAGUUGGUCGCGUUGGAGGGGAAUAGACGACAUGAAAAAUCAGCACAGAACUUAAUAAUAUAUAUUUCAACAUAAAAAAAGUGAAAAAAAGAACAGAUAAAGUUUCUCGUUAAAAAAAUUGAUUGGUUUGAGAUCAACGGUUUUAAGGAAAAUAUGGAACUGAUGAACCGAAAAAACUGGUUCUUAUAGACUAUCUCAGUCGACAAAAACACGUCAAGGACAAUUUUUUUGAAAAAAUUCUCCAAUUGCUUUUAAUUUUUAUUUUGGGUUUUUUUAAAUCUCUAGAUUAAUAAUUUUCGAAUGAAAGAUUACUCAAAUGUGAGAAGUAAAAAAAUACAAGCUUCAGAAGUUAAUUUUUCCUCGAUCUUCAAAACUUUCAAAAAAAUUUUUUUGUUUGAGAUCUUUUUUUCAUUUUAACGAACUUUUUCCAGCAUACUUGGAUGUACGUUCCAUUAAUCCAUAUUAGAUAUCAGUUUUAAAGUUUUUUUAAAUUUCAAUAAACUGUAUUGAGCUUUUUUUCGCGCUGAUUCCCAACUUUCAUCAUUUUAAGAACAAAUAAAAAAAUUUUUUUAAAUAUAUAACGAUAUUUGAGCUAUUUUUGUGUCUUGUCAACCUGGGGUAUCAUUAGAGCACAAUGACGAAUGUUUUUUUUCUUUGAACUUUUUCAGUUAUUAAUUUAUAGUUUCCUAUUGUAUUAUUCCGAAAAUAACGUAUAAAAUGUCAUUUCAACGUCUUUCUUAAGCGAACAAAGCUAGGAUAUUACUUCAUAAUCUGUGUGUGUGUGUGUGUGUGUGUGAGUUGAUUGAACUUUUCAGUGGAUCAAAGGGUACAAAGACUUUUCGACAGAAGUGUUUCAGGAAAUAAUAUCGCUUCAAAUGAUUUAUGAUAAUAAAUGAUAUCAAAAAAAUUGAUUUUUAGUUGAAUAAAGUUAUCUCGAAUAAAGAUUUGUUUUGAGUUUUACCUCCAAAAAAAGAAAAAUAUUUAUUCGAAAAAAAUUGAAAAAUUAAAAAUUCAUAAAUUUUUUUCGUGAAGAGAGAAAGAAACGUGCGGUUGAAAUCAAUAAACAUCAAGGGGUUUUUUUGAUUUCCCUAAAUGUAGUUUGAUUUAAAAAAAUUUGGCUUGUUUUUCUUCCAGAAACGAUGGGAAGAAUUUAAUCUAAAGUAAAAGUUUAAAAUGAAAAGUUCGUAUUGAUUACUGGAGUUAUUCUUUUGUUUUUUUUUUUUCAGAAAACCGUAAUUUUUUUUUUCAAAGUCUGUUGUAAUUUUUUCAUUCAAGUACAGUUAUAGCUCUAGAAUGAGGACAGCAAACAGUUACUACUGAGGCUUUUUGGAAAGCAAUAUUAGUGGCUAUUGAAACGUAUCUCACGAGUCGAAUACCAAUAUUCAUUUUUGUCAACUUUGCAGUAUGUCAUCAGUUGCUUCGAAGCACGCGCUUCUGAUAGCGCUCGGUGGCGUCUCAAUAGCUGCAUUAUUCGUAUGGUAAUAAUUUUCCUUGAUUCAAACAGAAAAUUGAAUCUCACCUUUGGCAGGUAUGUACACGCAAAGCGAGAAGAAGAGAAGCGGAAACAGCGAGAUACAGUUCUGAAAGCGGCAGAACCGAAGAAGGAAACGAAACAGAAAAGCGUCGAGAAGCCACAAAAGCCUGCAGAACCGAAAGUCGAGGCGAAGGUCGAGGAAGAACUGGCGCCCGAAGACAAACUCGUCGAGGAACUCAACCAAGAGCUCGCCAAUGCUCCCAGAGUCGUCGAGAAGCCUCGCGAACCUUCGAUUAGGUGCUUUUUGAAUUUAGUUUGAUCAGAGAUUCUUUCAGACGUGGUCUUUGAAAGAUAUUCUUUCAAAAACUCGGAAAAUAUAUUCCAAGUAAAUGUUAAUUUUUAAGAAAUAGUUUUCUCAAUCAUUUGACCGAGUUAGUCAAAAAAUUUUGUUGAAUCGAACUGUUUUUCAAUUUGGUUACUGGUUUCUAGUUUUCUCUAUUCUUUAGAGCUUCAAACAAUCAUGUGGUUUUCAUGAAAAGUUGAGAAAAAAAAGACUCUUUAUCCAGUUAGAAUUUUCGAAACUUUGUUUUAUGUUGCAAUUGAACUUUUCCAUAAUCGUGAGGCUUAUUGUUAUUUUCAAUUUUUAAGCGAAAGUUUUGAAAUCGAUACUUUCAUUUUUAUGUUUUAAUAUUCUUUAGAGAAUUGAAAUUUUUUUAUCGUGAAGUUUGUCGUUCUCUAGAUUAAACUUUGGAACCCGUUUUGAAACUACAUCUUUAAAAAAAAUACGAAAAUGGAGGUAAUACUUUGAAUUUAAAUUUUAAAAAAAUUUGAGAGUUCUGAAAAAGGCCUUAAAAAGUGCUAGGCGGUUCGAAUAUCGCCAUUUUUUUAAAAAGAUGAGAUCUGAAAAAAAUAUUUCUUCUAACAUAAAAAAAGGGAAGAAUCAAAGCGAUACCAAUUUCUAGUCAUUUUAUUUCUCUUUUUUUACCCCAAGAUUGUCAGAUGACGUUUUACUUAUAGAAAAACACGAAAAUAUCUUCUUUUUUGGGAAGAAUUUUUUUGUUCAGCUUCACUCUUUUUUGAGGCAUUUCAAUAUGCAAGCUGCGCUGAGAACGAGACGCGUAGGCGUGUCCCGGAAAUUGUUGGAAAUUUUAAUUCGGCAUACGGAUUAUUGUGCAUAAUCAUUUUUAGGAACACCUGAAUGGGAUUUUUUUCAAUUUAGGGUUUUGAAAAAUUUUUUUACAAAGCCUUAAACUUGACCAGGAAAAUGUUUAACUUAUGUGCCAGCGAAUAUGAAAAAAUAUGUCUAAUUCGGUACUAUGGAAGAAAGUAGAUGACAUUGGGAUAUAAUGAUACAUAUCUCCGAAAGUUUAUUUUAAAUUUUACAGCCUCCCGGAACAAAUUGAAGAAACCGACGUGAAAGUGAAGGUGAUCUCACACGAAGAAGCGGAAAUCCUCAGGAAUAUUCGUGACGAUGAAGAGGUUAUUAUUUUUGUCCGAAUUAUAUCUACGAACGAUAGAUUUAAAUGGAUCAAACCAUCCGGAAUUUUUUUAUGAAUUGCUUGUUUCUAAAUGGAAGUCUCAAAGAUAAAGAAGUCAUAUAAUAAUAAAAACAAACAGUAAAAAAACUAGAAACCUUUGAAUUGUAUUGAGUAUGAACCAAGACGUUUUUCGAGUUUCUUUUUUCCUUACUUUACCCUUUCAAAUGACGCCAUUUUUCUUGCUUUUCGAAAGAAAUUUUGACGAAAUUGGUUACCCUUUUCUUUCGGUCUCGUGUUUCGUGGUUUUUAGCGUCUCCAAUUCCGCGCUUGGUUGAGAUUUUGAAUAUAAAUAAAAUUUGAGGGGAAGGAAAUUUCGAAAUUUCGAGAGAAGCUAGUAAAUAAAAAAAUUGUUUAGAAUCUUUAUCGACAAGAAAAAUAGGAAUGUAGGCUCAUUUUGAAUAAUUUUCAUUUUAUUCUUGGCUCGAUACGCUCAAGCAUAGGCUGAUAAAGGUAUGAUUCAGUUGCAACUAAAUGUUUGCUUCUUUAUCAUUUUUUCUCAGUUUUUUGAAGUAAUCACGGUUAUCAUUCAUUCCUAACUUUAGAGGGCUUUUUUGAUUUGAAACAAUGAAGACCUUACUUUAUCUUGGGGAAACAGUACUUUUUAUUUUAUAUCGCAUAUAUCAUUAUUAUAUCCGUGACCUGCAAAUUAAGUUAGUUAACUAAGUUCGAAUUUCGAAGUUUGAACCUUUUUUUCGUUGAUAAUUUUAAAGAAGUUUUUGCGCACUAUUUCGCUUAUCGUAACCUGAACUUUUCUUUCGGAACUUCAACGGUUUUUCGGCGUUUGUCUCGAGAAAGCUUUAGCCAUGUUUUUUGUUCUUUACAUUUUAAGGGGGACGUAUGGCUCUCAGUUUUCUGUUUGCAAUAUGCUAAUAGCUGUGCCCAUGACAUUUCUUUCCGGCGUUUUUGGCAUUUAAAGAGAGACGUGGGGGCGGACGAAGGCCAAAAGAGGCUUUAGUUACAAAAUUCCAAAGGGAAACUGCUUGAAGAAAGGCUGAAGUUUUUUUUUCGAUUUUUUUUUCAAAAGUUUGACAAAGCCCUUUAUAUGGUAAUUAAUACAGAUACAAUGGCUUUUUGUUCUUGGCUUUGUCGGUUUUUUUUUCCGCUCUGAGCUUUUUGAAUUCGAUUUGGGAGAAGCGCAUCUGAGGCUCGCGGUGGCCGCUAAUUGGAUAUUUGCCAUAGUUAUUCAGCCUUGUUGAACGGCACAACUUUGUUUUUUGUUUUUAAGUGUCCAGCGGAGAAUAGCGAAGAUUAAAGGGGAAUUUUAUGGAAAUAUGUUUAAAGAUAUGUAUUUUUUUGAUGAUGAAGGCCUACGUUUUCAAGGAUGUAGAAGACAUUGAAGGAAAAAAAACGUGAAUAUUUGAUAAUGGCAGAAAUUUGAAAACUCGAAACAAAUGAAAAUCAUUUCGAACGCUGAGCAGUGAGGAAAGAUGAAGGAAUUGAAAAAAAAAAAGAGGAAAAUCAGCAAAUUUUAUCGUUUCACCUAUUUCGACGCUCGCCGACUUCUAGAUUUCAUUUGGGUUUUUGUUUUCCGCAAAAAACUACACACGGUUUUAGCAACCUUUCCGGAAUAUAACUGGAAUCUGAACUCGAAAUUUUCUCGCUUUCUACCUAAUCUUUGGCAUUUAUGAUUUCGCGUGGUAAUAUUUCUUUGAUGAUAUUCGGGCGAACUUGAUUAAUAUGAAAAGCCACGAUUGACUUGAAUGCCAUUUCCGUUUGACUUUUUCAUUUUUUCGGUUGCCAAGCGGAACGGACAACCGACAAAAUUCCUCUUUGCUCAGCUUUUCCAAACAAACUGAACGAGGCGAGUAGAUAGGGGGGUUUUCGAUAGUUUUUUACCGAAGUGGUCUUUUGAAAGGAGAGAGUCAUGAAGUUUCAUCGUGAACUUUCCAGUUAUAACAAUAGUAAAACUAAAGUUCCAGCUCCAGUUGGUUUCUGUGUCAAAAAUAUGACCGUUUUCAAAAUUUUCCUCAUCGCUCUAACUAAAGCAUUUUCACGGCUCAUUAUAUAUUAGAAUGAUGGGAAGAAAAGCGUUCUUUUCUCUUCGUAUUUUUUGCAUUUUCCGCUCGCAAUGAAUUUCUAAUGAGGACUUUUGGGGCGCAGACAAUAAGGCUUGGCUGUGGGGUCUGGAGAAACAAAACAGAAAGAGAAAAAAGUUAGCCGGAUUCGUUAUAAUUGCCGUUGGGAGUUGGGGAUUCUCGUGAAGAUGAAUGCAUAUGAGAGAAAAAGAGUUGAAGAAGAAGUUGUGAAAAAAAAAAUAGAACUAUAAAUAGAUUUCCCUCAAACUUUGGAAAAAUUAAUGUUUCUUGACAAGUUUUUUGGUAUCAACAAUAAAAGCAGAUUUUGAAAAAAGUUAUACAUUGCAGUUUUUUUCAAAUUUUCUGUAAAGAGUUCAUUUUUUUCGAACGUUUCCAGAGUUUAUUUGAAAGUUAGAAAAAAAUUUUGUAAUUUUCUCCGACUAGUUUUGAAGAUAUAAAUUUUCCAAAAUUCGAUGUUUUUUUCAGCAUUUUUGGUAAUUAAUGAAUCUCGCCUAAAUUCGAAUAUUUACCAAUUUUUUCAAGUCACUGCUUAUUUUCAUUUUUGAUUUUUUCAAAACAGCGAAGUAUACUUUAAAUAGUUUUUCUGAAAAGCAUCUUUCAAAAAAAAAAAGAAGAAGUGAAGAAAAUGUCCUUUUCUCGAGUUGUUUUGUUUGGAAAAAGUCGUUUUUUGUGUUGGUUGGUCUCGAGUAUGUGCAUUUGUGAGCUUUUGCUUAAAUGAAUCCCUCUAGUCGAAGAGAAUUAGAGAAUUCGAGGGGCUCGUGACUUCACGUCACUUCAUUCAAUUGUGCUUGGAAUAGUUUUUUUUUUCGGAAGGGGUGGAGUAAUGAGGUCACUAGAUCGAUUUCUUCUCCAUCAGGCGGAAAAGCAAGGGUUUUUGGUUGGAAGAAAUCGCUUUUUGAAAUAAUUAAUUUCAGUUAUAUUAUUAUAGGGCUCACAAUGAAAAUGGAAUAAUAGUUUAAUUCUUUUUCCUUUCGAAACGGGGUCUUAUUGGGAAUAAAUGUUAAUCGAAAAGAUUUCGUUGAAAAAUUGCCCAUGAAACCGGAAUGUCUUGAUUUUGAAGCGUUCGGAGGCAUUCUUCAUUCUAACAGUCAUUUACGUUUCCAAAUUCUACGUCAAAAAACAUCUGAAUCUAUUUUUAAACGGAAGUUUUAUCAGUUUACAUAUCGAGAUAAAGUCUUCAACCUGAACUUCAAAAAGAACUUUUUUUCUAUUCUUUAUUUAGAACUUUUUUUCAAAAAAACACUGUGAGCUUCCCAGUUAAAAAAAUCACAAGGUUUCAUAUUUUUUUAUUUUGGGAACAAAAAAAUUAAUUUUUUUAAUGGUUUUUUUCGUCUUUCGUGAAAAAAAUAUACAAACCAAAAAUAUAAGGAAGAUAAAUAAAUUUGUCUCCAUUCAUAUGAGGCGCAUCUAUUUCUCCUCGGAUGACGUCGAAAUGGCGUGUCCCACGUGCUUUUUCCGGCUGGAUGUCACUCUUCUUUGCAUUGGCUGAAAGACAAUAUUUUAUUCUGUCUGUCGACGAUAGGAUGAAAAAAAAACCGGGAAGAACCUUGUGAAAAUUUGGACAGUUUAGUGCUAAUUGACUUCUUCCUAGUGUUUCAAGAAGAGAUAUGAAAUGUUAAAUUAAAAAGUUUUGGAAGUUUAGUUUGUAUAAUAAUGAUAAUAUUGAUUUAUUUCAUUUAAAGCUCAUUCGGCCAUUGAUUGAGGGGAAUGUAGAAGUGGGGAACUGAAAAGGAAGUUUGCGAAAUGUUGCGAAAAGGCUAUAAUACAUUAAAAUCAAGUUUACAAAGCGCAUAAAAAGUUCAAAAACUUGACUUUUCAAUCAGCGAUUUCGAACUAACAUGAAGAUUUUUUUCACCUUUCUCCGAGGAAAUUAGCGCAAACUUUCAGUGGAUCAAAGUUUUCCCCAAAAUCUACCACGCGUUUGGAGUGUUCAGAAAUAUCAUGCAGUGUUUCAAUAAACCCAGCUUAUUUUUGAAGCAAAGACCAAAUGACGUUGGCCAGGAUGGAUGGACUUUUACUCGGCAUUAUAGAUGGCGUAUUCUAUCUUCUUUUUUUUCCUUUUGGUGUCAUCUAUCCAGCUUGAAAAAAAGAACGGAUCCACGGCCAACGCCUACGCUUUGGCGCUCAUUGGUCUAUGGACUGGAGGAUCAUUUCUAAAAAAAAAAUGAAACAAUUUUCAAUGAAAGAAAUAUUUUCAAAUUUUCCAGUAUAAUCGUUCUUUGCACUUUCAUAUUUCGAAAUAUUGCACAACGAGCGUAUUUGGUGGCAGAAAAACUUGAUUUAUCCAAAAACUUUAGUUGAGUUGCGAUUUCAAACAUUGCGCAACUCGGUCUUCAAUUCUUGUAACACAAAACUUUAAUCUAUUUUUUUUAAAAGUCUUCAUCGCUCUUUUUAACAAAUUAUGUCCAUCUUUUCAAAGCUCUUUGGAUUUUUUUCACAAAGCUGAUGAUUCUAUUGAAACACUUUUUUUAAUUUUUUAAAAAAAGAGAAGAAUUUUUGCGAAUGGGCUUUUUUAAAUCAAAAAGUGAUUGGAAAAAGUUUGCAGCCUUCCAACGAACUCGAAGAGUCUUCCAACGACGCCGUACCCAGAGCUUCUGAAUUCCCUCCUCUGCCCAUAACGGAAGAAUCUCUAGAAGCUAAGGUUGCUUUUCACUUUUAUUCCUUCUCAAUUCAUUCGUUUGGUUGAAGGAAGAAGCUGAGAAGAUUGGCGAGGAGUGCGAAAGAGCCCUCGCCGGCGGAGACUUCCCGCCGUCGACCUACAGCGAAGUCGUCCAGACGAGCCCCGAAGAAGUUGCCGAGAAGGUAUAAAUCGAAUCGAACACUGAACAAUCGCCCACAUAUAGAGUGUAGAAAGUGCCUUACAGUGCAAAAUAGUACAAUAAACAUCUGCAUGUAUCCACAACGAGCACAGCAAUUGUACAGGAAGGAAAGGUGGAAAAAGAGCAAUAUUGAGGGAUAAAAUGAACAGUUUUGGUGUUUGUGGCGGUCUUUGUGGUGGUAUUGGAAUUAUCGAUUGAAAAAGAUAUUUGCUGGAAAGGUCUGUCGGUUCUUUAGGAUGGCUAUUUAUUCAAGUUUUCAAUUUAUGGAAAGUUUUUUGGACUUGGUUAAGGUUUUAACGGUUUUGAAAUACAAAUUUCUUCACAAUGGGACCAGUUUCAAAGUCGAACUUUCAAAAAUUUUCCUUUUUCUCAACUUAAUUCAAAAUAACCGCAAUCCCGAGUUUUACGCAUUUUCGGAGACAAAAACAAUUUUAAACUGAAAAACUUGGAAGUUUUGAAAAACUGACAAAAACCGAUCGACUUUUCCAGAAUGCCAGAUCCUCUCAUGAUAUAUGCAAAAUAGCCUUCAGUUCAACUUUCAAAUUUGAUUUUCCUUUUUGAAAUCCAUUUUGCUGGUCGCACUUGGAAUGGAUUUCCUAAAUCAGUUGAUUUCCUUCACAAGCUUGAAUAAUCGUUCAGUCUUGGAGGAAAAGGAGCAGGAAAAUCAGUGUCAAAGAAAGUUGCAACGAGCCAUAUUAAUGCGACUUCGGUUAAAUUGGGACGCUCGUCUUAAAUCAAAAAAAGGCUACCCGAUUCAAUUCAAUCAAAAUGGUUAGUUUUUGGUUUAGCAUGCUUGAAGCCAUUCCAAGUGCGACCUGGAUUACACUGAAACAACGAAAAUGCAAAACUGUAAUCAAAAUGUUUAUCACUAUUCAAUCAUUGAAAGCCUAAAUUUCCUUUAUACUUUUUUCUCUGUCAAAAGCAUUUCAUGCAUGUCGAAUACGCAGCACUCUGUCCAAAUUCUCACGGAAUAAAGUUAUUUGCGCCCAUUAACUUGAGAGUUUCUUUUAGCUUUAUUCAAAAAUGCUAGCUGAUUUUUUUAAAAAUAGAGCAUAGGUUUUUUUGUAAAAUUAAUACUUUUUACGUCGAUAAUUCAGGUGAUAAGCUUCACGACAUCAGAAAUUUUUUUUUCUAUUUUUUUUGGUGUUGCGUCCCUGUAUAAGGAGGGAUGGCUGUGGUAGUGGCAAAAAAAUUUAUAUAUACAUGGUUUUUUUGGAAGAUUCGCAAGAAUAAUUAUGCGGGAAAAUUUUGUGAUUAUUUUUAGGGAAAAUUUGCUCAAAGUUUCAAUAUUCUCUUUUCCUGCGACUUUAAAUUUUUUCGAAGUUUUUGGUGAUUGUCGGUUUGUGAAAUCGAAGUCAACAGCUUCUAACUACCAAUUAAACCACACACUUUUUUUCUCAUUUGCGUGGGUUUGCGGGUUUUUUGACUUCGUAGUCGUUUUUUUCCGGUCUGUUCUUGGAGUAGUACACAUUUUUCUGCAUUUAAAGCGCUUGCAGACAUUUUAUCGAUAUUAUUUUAGCACUCUUGUCUCUGUUCAAGCAACACCCUGAAUUUUUAUAAAAAUUUUUUUGAAUCGUGCUUCAAAAAGAAAUUUAGAACACGAUAUUUGUUUUUAAAUUUAUAUUUUUUUGUGUUGCCUCGUUCAAAAGCCAUAUUACACUGUUGAAAAAAAUUUCAGUUAUGGAGUUUUAGUUUGUUUUGUCUGUAGCAAAACUGAUUUGAACCGAGGCUUGUGAAUGUCGAAUUAACACAAAUGUCCGAUUUACAGUCUUCACGUUGCUUUCCAUUCGUGUUUUUAUUUCAGAAAGCCGAAGAAGCUCGACGAGAAGAAGCCGAGAAAAUAGAAAUCGCCGAGAAAGAAUUCCCACCUCUUCCCGAUCUCGAAGAAGAAAAUUUGAAGGAGAAAGAAGUGGAGAAUGUAAGAUUGGCUCUGUAAAUUUUAAUUUUUUGAUUGAAAAAAAGCUUUUUUGAUAACAGGGAAUAGCAAUUUUUCGAAGGAGAAAAAAAGCAAAAAAAUUUUUCAAAAUUAGUGGUCAAAAUUUUUUUUCAUCACGAAACAGGAAAAAAAUUAGAUAAAUAAUAAGUUUAAAUUGAAAGGGAUUAUUUGUAUUUUUCUCCUUGUGGAGAUUUACGCAAAUUUCGAUUUUUCAAUUUCAGAAGCUGAGAAUCUUAAAUGAUUCCGAGAAAACAAAGGCUGAAAAUAGAUUUUAUAGUUUGGACUUUUUUUUUCUUCUAUUUUUGCCUCUAUCAGAGUUUCUCAUCACAUGAUUAGAGUCCGAUUAGGAAUUCUUAGAUAUUUUCAGUGAAUUAUUUUUCUUUUUAACUAUUUUUUUCGGUUUUUCCAGCAAAAGUCGUCGACGUCUUCUGCAGACCUGACAACGGAUUCGGCACAAGAACCUGAAAUUACGGCUGUUGGUUUUAAAAAAAUGUUGGGGAUUUGAGAUGAAGUUUCUAUUUUUUUAAGUGCGAAUUGUUUUUAAACCCGAGAAGUUGGAAGGGUUUUUUACGUUUUCAAAUUUUUGAUUUGCCGGGUUCAAAUUUCAGAAAAAUUAAUUUAGUACUGUAAAAAAGUGACUAUGUCAAAUCUCUUGUCAGAGCUUUGAAGUAAAUUGUUUGUCCUUGCUUUUCUUGAGAAUGUUUCUUUUUUGAAACAUUUCUAUCAAUUUCCAGGAGGAAAUUCUCGAAUUGACCCACCUCGACGAGCCCCUUUCUCUGGACGUCAUGCAGCAGUCGCCGGCCGCCUUCUCGUGGAGCGAAGAGAUGGAAAGGUGCCUUAGUAUAUUCGAAAUGAAACGUUGCUUCUUCAAUAAACUGUUCAUAUUUCGUUUAUAUCCUUGGUUUGGCUGGAGUUUUCUUCCGCUUACUUGUAUUCCAUUUCCUCUCUCCCCAGCAGACUUCACGUUUUCAGAACCUACAGCCAAGAACAGUCCUUCAACAUGACGAUUGAAUCGAGCGACGCCGAUCCUUUCGUCGACUCGCCGCGAUCCCCUCAUUUUGAGAAGCAGAGAAGUCAGCACAGGAAGAACCGGUGAGUUGGUGCUGAUCAUUCACACAUCAGUGAGAACCUCAAGCAGUUAUUUUUAGUCUGAAAUUUCAACAAAAGAUUUAUCCAUGAUUCCGCUUGAACUCGAGUUUCAUGCCAAAAAGCCGCAUCGCGCCACAUUUUGAAUUAUUUUCAAGUCGGAAAAAUGGACUAUAACUUUUUACUGGGCCUGUGGCGGAAUAGAUAACAUUUUCAAAUCCGUGAGAUUAAAAUUAAACGCUUUUCUGAUCAAAUUUCUGCCGGAACGAUUCUUUUGACUUUUUCGUAGUAUCUCAAUUUCAAUCACUAAAGUCUUGAGAGAACUUUGAAAGUUGUGAAGCAUUUAAUGUGGAAUUUUGUCUGUUUGUACUUGAUAUGAAUGGUAACUUGUCUAUUGAAUGUUAUUAGAAAAUGUAAACAUAGUUAGCCUCAAAAAAUAGUUACGAAUUGUUUUUGAAUUCGACACAGAAAUUAAACUUUUGAGAGAAAAUUUUCAGGGUUUCCAGGCUAGUUUAAAAAGCUUCUUAUCAGAAAGUUUGAAUUCGGAUGUUUUUAAACAUUAAAUGUAGCUUUUGUUAUCAGAAGGCAUGUAAAAAUCAAAAUUGCCGUGCUUUUAGAAUCUUUUUCGAAAAUUAGGACCUAGCAAAAUGUAAUGAAAAGCCAUAACAAGUUUAAUUUUUUAAGAAAUCGCCGAAACCGCAACAGUACCUCCAAGAGCGAUCGCGGAUCAGUGCAGCCAGCUACACAGAACAUCGCCCAGAAAGGCUCGAAACAAGAGAAAAAGCAGCAGUCGAAGCACGUCGAGACCCAGAAGAAGGUCGAGCCGACGCCUCUUCCAGAGGAGCUGCACCAGGUCCACGAGAACCUCGGAUAUGAGAAGAGCGAGUCGCCCGGCGUCGCCAGUCAACACAGCGAAGUCAGUUUUCUUUGA